GCUGGAACCCACUGUAUACCCCAGAGCAUUAUCCAAAACACACCCUCGCCCGUCAUGGCCACCUCUCUCACCGUAACCGACGAGGACAUGGAGCCUACCCUUCAAUCAAUCCUCGACCAGAAAACACUACGCUGGAUCUUCGUGGGUGGAAAAGGAGGUGUAGGAAAGACGACCACAUCAUGCUCUCUCGCAAUCCAGCUUGCCAAACAUCGCAAGUCGGUUUUGCUCAUCUCGACGGACCCCGCGCACAAUCUGUCGGAUGCGUUCGACCAGAAGUUCGGCAAGGAUGCGAGACUGGUGAAGGGCUUCGAUAAUCUGAGCGCCAUGGAAAUUGAUCCCAACGGCAGCAUCCAGGACUUGCUGGCUUCGGGCGGCGAGCCUGCCGAGGAAGCAAUGGCUGGAAUGGGUGGAAUGGGCAACAUGAUGCAAGAUUUGGCAUUCAGUAUUCCUGGUGUAGACGAAGCAAUGUCCUUUGCCGAAGUCCUCAAACAAGUGAAAUCCCUCUCCUACGAAGUUAUCAUCUUCGACACCGCCCCGACCGGCCACACCCUCCGUUUCCUCCAGUUCCCGACCGUCAUGGAGAAAGCCCUCGCCAAGAUUUCGCAGCUCUCCCGCCAAUUCGGGCCCAUGCUCAACUCGUUCAUGGGCGCCUCGGGCCGACUCCCCAACGGACAGAACAUGGACGAGCUCAUCGAGAAAAUGGAAACCCUGCGCGAGACCAUCGCCGAGGUGAACGGCCAGUUCAAGGAUGCAGACAUGACGACGUUUGUGUGCGUCUGCAUCCCCGAAUUCCUGAGUCUGUAUGAGACGGAGCGUAUGAUUCAGGAGCUGAAUUCGUAUGAAAUUGACACACAUUCGAUUGUAGUCAACCAGCUGCUCUUCCCCAAGCAGGAUAACCCGUGUGAGCAGUGCAAUUCGAGGAGGAAGAUGCAGAAAAAGUAUCUGGAGCAGAUUGGCGAGCUGUAUGAUGAUUUUAAUGUCGUGAAGAUGCCGCUUCUCACCGAGGAGGUGAGAGGUAGUGAGAAAUUGGAGAAAUUCAGUGAGAUGCUUGUCAAGCCGUUCCAGCCACCGGAGUAGGUGGAACAAGCAAUCGACGCAGUAACGUAUAGAAAGCAAGGGCGGCGAUCUAAAUAUGGCUUCUGGCAGAACAUCAUUUCGUCUUUUGGACAAUAGCGGCCUUGU